AUGUCUGUACCCAAACUUAUGGAUUUUUAUCGUCAUACUACAUGUCUAGAUUGGACGUGUCCUAAUAUUGUAAAGUAUUAUCGUGAUAAUCUAGAACGAAAAGAUUGGGAUUAUGUACUUGAUAAAAUAAAGAAGGAUCUUGGAAACAUCACAGCUUCAGACUCCGGAUUUAGCGAUCUGCACAAAAGAAAAGCUCAAGAAAUCCUUGACUGCUGGAUGCGCAAGCUGGGACUGCUAGUUGCCAGUGAUGAUCUGCUUGGUCGACGCUACCUUUUCGAGUGCAAGCUGGGACUGCUAGUUGCCAGUGAUGAUCUGCUUGGUCGACACUCAUAUAUUUUGAUUCUAUUUGAUUGUUAUACUAAUUAUAUACAUUUUAUCAAGUCUUGGACUGCUAAUAUUAGAACAAAACCGGAUGAUACAGGUUUCAAGAUCGAGAUUCAUCAGCAUCAGAUAGAACAACAGGUGCUCACAACCGGAAAUACAGUAUCCAUUGAAAAAAUCGAUAAUCAUCGUAAUCUAGCCAAAAAACAUUGCCGAGACGAUGAAGAGUCAACGGACGAAAGGGACAUAACCCCGCUGAAGCAGAUGAAAAAGUCAAAAACGUUUGAUGUCUCAUUUGAUGAGUAUGUUAACUCAGCCGUGGAUGAAAAUGUUGAAGAACUUGAGGAUGAGAAUGAUUGGCAAGUCGGUAUUAUUAACGUAACAGACAGAUUUCGAAAUUAUCAAAAAGAUAUACUCAGAAAGGCGGAACGAGUAGGUUUAGAUUACGAAAACAUUUACGAACCUCUAGCAUUGUCAUCAAUCAUGGUUCUCCAUUGUCCAUGUCCAUACCCUAAGAUAUUUACGAAUAAAGAAUGGGCAGAAAUCACAAAAUCAAAUCCGUAUACAAUUAAAAACUCCCCGCUUCCACAAGAGAUUUCAACAUCCCUUCAUGAAGCAGCUUGUAAAAGUUUCAUCGGUGAAGAUGCCUUUAUGAAUGGUGGAAAUACUAAGCUAAUUUAUGGUUCACAAAGUUCUUUCUUGAUACAUUACACAGAUACAAUGGCUUAUCAAUGGCUCCAUCAAAAUAAUGGGAAAAAUAACGGAAGAAGAGCAUUGUUACAUAUUUCUUUAUCCAUUGAUGAUAUCACAAUUCUCAAUUCAGAAAUAAAACCGUUAAAAUGUACACCACUCCAACAGAAAAGAGAUACCGUGAAAGCAAAAUUACGAGCCCGCAAAUCGAUUAAUUUGCAAUUACAAAGAAAAGGUGGUCCAGCCGAAGCUGGUAUAUUUUUGAAUAUGGGUGAAUGGAUGGAAUCAUUUUUCAUGGACCUAAAAUAUGAUGGAUUAUACCGUUCCUGGCCGUUUAUUACAACAAAGCUGCCGGUUGAAAAGGUUUCAAUCCCAUUAGCAGAGUUUGCAAUUAGCCAUGUUAUUGCUUUGGAAGAACGAAUUGGAAAGCUUGCGGAAGAUUACAAAUAUCGAGAUAAUCAAAGUAAUCAAAAAAUCGAAAUGGUCAACCCUACACCGCCUACAUCUUUCAUGCGUAAUUUUCCAAAUACUCCACAAGUGAAAUUGUUACUUAAAUGA